ACUGGUUGGAAUAUGUCUUAAACCAUGCAUUUACAGGUGCACUUACCCUUUUCAUCCUGAUACUAAUAGUGAAAAGCAAACCUGAUUAAAGAAGUCCAAUCUCUUCCCCUAGUCUGCCCUAUUGUGAUAAUCCAGCAUUACUGACCCAGCACUUGAAUUGCUGUAUUGGAAACACAACCUCUGUAUACUCUUUUCUAUUCCUUUUAUAGCUAAUGUUGAAACUGAGCUUAUAAGGGCUGAAUAACGAAUUGUGCUUGCUUUUCAUAUAGGGUGUUGCUUUGCUUAGAGAUCACUCUUGUUUCAAAAGUACUACUCAACUCUGUUCUAAUUUUCCAGAGUCGGUAAUCUUCUUCCAGGUUCUUAUUGAUGUAGUCACUAAUAGGAUUGUUGGUAUUAAUUUGGAAAUAAUGCCAGCUACAUGCUUGGUGGCUAUUGGCAGAAGAGGUGACAUUGCAGGUCAGCUAAGCAGCACUAGAAACGCUUUGAUCUAAUCUAUACCAAGCCAGAGCUGGCUAUUCUAACAAGAGAGGCUGGUGAGGUCUCUUUCUUUAUGGGAUGCUGAUUCUCUUCCAGAGAGCACUGAGGACAGCAUGGCAGUGGCUUUGGAUGCAAUGCUGGCUCGGGUCAAGGAUGUUUGUAAAAGAAAUGGUUUGCUCAUUCUCUCUGUGUUAUCCGUCAUAGUGGGAUGUCUCCUUGGGUUCUUCCUCAGGACCAGACGCCUCUCUCAGCAGGAAAUAAGUUAUUUCCAGUUCCCUGGGGAGUUACUGAUGAGAAUGCUGAAAAUGUUGAUUCUACCACUGGUUGUUUCAAGCUUAAUGUCUGGGCUAGCAGCCCUCGAUGCGAAGACAUCUAGUCGAUUAGGCAUCAUAACCGUCACAUACUACCUUUGGACCACUUUUGUGGCUGUUAUUGUGGGAAUCAUUAUGGUCUCCAUUAUCCAUCCUGGUGGGGCAGCCCAGAAGGAGAACACGGAGGAAAGUGGGAAGCCAAUCAUGAGCUCUGCAGAUGCCUUGCUGGACUUAAUUCGGAACAUGUUCCCUGCCAACCUUGUUGAGGCCACUUUUAAACAGUACCGAACCAAAAGCACCCCGAUUGUGAAAGCCAACAAAGCAGCACCUGAAAGCACCACACGCCGAAUCAUUAUCUACGGGGUUCAGGAUGAAAAUGGAUCCAACAUACAGAAUUUUGCCUUGGACAUCACACCACCACCCGAAGUUAUCUACAAGUCAGAACCAGGCACCAGCGAAGGCAUGAACGUGUUGGGGAUUGUAAUAUUCUCUGCUACCAUGGGAAUAAUGUUGGGGAGGAUGGGCAACAGUGGCGUUCCCUUGGUUAGCUUUUGCCAGUGCUUAAAUGAAUCUGUCAUGAAGAUAGUGGCUGUUUCCGUAUGGUAUUUUCCAUUUGGAAUAGUGUUCCUUAUUGCUGGUAAGAUCUUGGAAAUGGAUGAUCCAUCAGCCAUUGGGAAGAAGCUAGGCUUUUACGCUAUUACUGUGGUUUGUGGCCUGGUGGUACAUGGACUUUUUAUUCUGCCAAUGACAUACUUCUUCAUUACCAAGAAGAACCCCAUUGUUUUCAUCAGAGGGAUUCUUCAAGCCUUGCUUAUUGCUCUGGCCACAUCAUCCAGCUCAGCCACUCUGCCUAUAACCUUCAAGUGCUUGUUAGAGAAUAACCAUGUGGACAGGAGGAUUGCCCGAUUUGUGCUCCCAGUGGGGGCGACAAUCAAUAUGGAUGGGACCGCCCUUUAUGAAGCAGUAGCAGCUAUUUUUAUUGCUCAAGUAAACAAUUAUGAGCUGGACUUUGGACAGAUCAUCACCAUAAGUAUCACAGCAACAGCUGCCAGCAUUGGUGCAGCUGGAAUCCCACAAGCUGGCCUUGUGACUAUGGUUAUCGUUCUUACAUCAGUGGGGCUUCCUACAGAUGAUAUCACUCUAAUCAUUGCGGUCGACUGGGCCUUAGACAGAUUCCGAACAAUGAUCAACGUGCUGGGGGAUGCUCUUGCUGCUGGAAUCAUGGCUCACAUCUGCAGAAAAGAAUUCACCAAGGAUGGGUCUGAGGUGCCUUUGAUCUGUGAAACAAAACCCAUCAGUAUCCACCAGAUCAUGGCUUACCAGAGAAAUGGCUGUGUGAAGAACAUGAAUGAGCCUCAUGGACCUGUACCAUCAAAGACAUUCCAGCAUCAAAUACCUGUUCAAGUGGAGCAAGAAGAAAACCCGACAGAAACUCAUACAGAGAAAUCCAGCAGUAAGGAGCACUGCACUAUUGAAAUCAAUGAACUGGAGACAAAUGUGUAACUGUUAUUCUGGAGGUAUUUGAAACCUAAUGACUACCUCACAGCUGGAAUCGGGAGACAGCCUUUUGCCUUGAAUGGGAAAACAUGGAAUGACUGCCAUGUGCGAACUACGGCUAUGAGGCCAGCUGUGAACAUCUGUGAAGAAGAAGAAAGAAGGCUUCAACGCGUGUGGGGGUUUUUCAGUAGCUUGGUUGGUUUUGGUACAAAGGAAUUGAUCAGUGGACAACUUUGGUUUACUCUAGGCAAUCUUAUAUGACUCUGCUUAUGAUGCUCUUUAAAAGAACUCUGACUCCUUUAAAAUGAUUCAUAAGAGCUAACCGUCUCACCAUCCUCCUAAUCAUGAAGAUAACGUCAAUAUUCACAAUUCCUUUAUUUCACUGAACAGCUUCAAAAUUAACAUUAGCCUCAAACAGUAAAACUUUUGCAUUCAAUUAACAGGGCAACAAAUCAAAAAUACAUUUAUCUUAGCAAAAGACCAAAGUAAUAAUAUUUCCCAUUUGAAAUGGCUUGUCAUUAUUAUAAAUCUUACAAAAUUAAAUAUGUUUGCACAUAGCAACAUCAGCUCAUGGAGUCUUCCCUCUCCUCCAGAGAUCAUGAUCUCUGCAAGGAGACCAUAAGCAUGUGCUUUCGUUUUCGGCCAACUGCUGAUUGUCAUUAUAUGCAAUCCCCGACAAACUGUGGUUACGGUUUGCGGAAAGAACUCAGCUUUAAACCAUGGUUAUUGAUCCUGGCUUAUUUCAAUAAACGAUAGGAAUGCUAACCACAGUUCCUGGUUGGGACAUAAAAACAAACCAUGGUUAAUUUAAAAUGGAGGGGGAUGCUUCCCAUCUCCUCCUUGUAGCAUGCCACAGGAGGAAAGAGAAAACUCAUAUGACUCUUGCGUGUCAUAUGAAAAAGUGGUUCAGUGGUUCAUGUGAAUCACGCCAGUAAGUUAUUAUGUAGCUAACCACUCUGAAUUGCAAUUUAACUCCUAUCCAUUAUUCUGUUGAAAUAUUAGUCUCUCUGUACUCAGGUUGACUCACUAUUCUGUGAGAGGAAUUCAAGCACUCUAGAUUUGUGCAGUUAAAGUGGUUUAAAGGACCACUUCACAUCAAAUCCAUUUUUAAAAAAGAAUCAGACUAUUUG